AGCAGUCAUGCGUGCUUUCGUAGAGGUCACUUUGCCGGUAAAUGUUUACGCAAUUUUUACCUCUAUCCCGUUAUUUAAGGCCGAAUUUUAUUAAACGAAUCGCUAUUAACAGUACAUAAGUUUCACCUACUAAAUGAUAUUCGGCUUAACAGGUAUCGGAAGUAUUUAAACAAGGGGCGAAGUAGAAGUUCCAAAGUCCGAUUUGAAAUAGAAUCCGAAAUAACCUCUAAACAGUGAUGCCGCAUCAUUAAAAUUAGGUCCUAAAAAACUUAAAAAAUUACUUUUUAAACUGUUAAUUUGCAUGUAUAACUGAAAUAGAUCGCAUAUAAUGUAAUUUUAUAUAAUUUUAACCAUUUCCGGUACUUUUUUACGGCUAAAUUUGAUAGAUUACUCGAAUAAUAAAUUAACGUGUAAACACUGUUCAAUUUCCAUUGGUUGGGAAACUUGUAUGUCUUCAGUUCAUUUAUAGUCAAUUCAUUCUUUCGUUUUAACUUCGUAUAUAUUUGUUCGUCUGUUUCAGGGACUGCUUGGUAAAUUAAUUUCUCCGUUUUUAAAUUUCGUUUUCGCAUUGCAAGUAUGAUGGCCAGCCUCGGAAAAGCUGUUUCCAAAUUCACACCGACGUCUGCACACGUUUCAGCUUCUCUCCGUAGCCUGAGUUGCUCCACGAACAAGCAUGCAACCAAAAAGUCCAAGGCAACACUUGGAAAAUCUGGUGUUCGAAAUGUUGUUCUUGUGGAAGGUGUAAGAACGCCGUUCCUAAUGUCUGGUACUCAGUACAAAGAACUGAUGCCCCAUGAUUUGCAACGUGAAGCAAUCAAAGGUUUGCUGAAGAGAACUGGACUUCCCAAGGACAGCAUAGAAUAUGUGGUUAUUGGGACAGUUAUUCAAGAAUCAAAAACCGCCAAUAUAGCUCGAGAAGCAGCUCUUGGUGCCGGUAUUUCAAACAAAACCCCAGCACACACCGUCACACAAGCUUGUAUAUCUUCCAACCAAGCUAUGACCACAGGUUUGAACAUGAUUGCGAGUGGUCAGUUAGACUGCGUAGUUGCUGGUGGGGUUGACUUUAUGUCUGAUGUUCCAAUUCGAUUCAAUAGAAAGAUGAGAUCCCUCAUGCUACAAAUGAACAAGACGAAAUCUACCAUGGGUAUGUUGGGACAUGCAGCUAAAGUAAUUGGAAGCCCAGUCAGAUAUUUCAGUCCUGAAUUGCCAGCCAUUGCUGAGUUCUCUACAGACGAAGUGAUGGGACAUUCAGCUGACAGACUUGCAGCUGCGUUUGGUAUUACACGACAAGCACAAGAUGAGUUUGCAUUGAGAUCUCACUCCUUAGCUAAAAAAGCCACUGAGGAUGGGAACCUAUCUGAUGUCCUUGAAUACAAAGUACCAGGAGUGGCAGAAACAGUAACCAGUGACAAUGGUAUUCGAAUUACUCCAAUGGAGAAGAUGGCUAAGAUGAGACCAGCUUUCAUUAAACCACACGGAACGAUUACAGCUGCUAACUCCUCUUUCUUGAGUGAUGGAGCAAGUGCCGUUCUUCUAAUGGAAGAGAACAAAGCAAAAGCAAUGGGAUUCAAACCAAAAGCUUAUUUGAGAUCCUACACCUACAUGUCCCAGGACCCCAAAGAUCAACUGUUACUUGGGCCAGCAUACACCACACCAACGGUGCUGGAGAAGGGGGGUUUAACACUUAAUGAUAUCGAUGUGUUUGAAUACCAUGAAGCAUUUGCAGGUCAAAUCCUUGCUAACUUAGCAGCCAUGGAAUCCGACUACUUUGCCCAGAAACAUAUGAACAGACAAGGAAAGGUUGGAGCCCCUCCCAUGGAUAAGUUUAACUUAUGGGGUGGUUCACUAUCUAUUGGACAUCCGUUUGGUGCAACUGGUUCAAGACUUGUCACUACAUGCGCUAACAGGUUGAAGGCGGAAGAUGGAAAAUAUGCUUUGCUUGCUGCGUGUGCAGCUGGUGGUAUUGGCCAUGCUAUGAUAGUGGAGAGACAUCCAGAUUAUUAAACAAAUCAUCUAUGUUCAAUAUUUGGUUCCGCAUAUGUACGAAUGGCUGCUAUAAGUUGCCAACUUUCAAAUAUUUAUUUUCGAUUCCAGUUCAAAUGUAAUUGUUGAUUAUUGUUUGGCACAUUUUUGUGGCCGUGUUGUACAAGAGUUUCAUUGCUAAUGGUAAAUAAAUAAAACAAGAUAUUUUGAAAAA